AUAUAUUUCAUAGAAAAACUAAUAGUGAAAAACAAGAAAUUUAAAAAAGUGAUUUAAGUUCAAAGAAAUUUCAUUAACAUUUAAAUAAAUGACUUCACUAUUAAUAAUUUUAUUUAGCAUAUUUAUGAACAUUGUGAGGAUGUAAUCUCGAACCGUAGCUUAAAGUUGGGUUUACUCCUCAGAAUAUGAUUUUAUUUUAUCUAAAACAGAAAAGCAAGGCUUGUACAAUAGAAUUUAGGUAGCAAAAAAGGCCAAUCUGGUUUUUAUUGCAUCUGGCAUUUCUGGAAUUAAGAUUGUUAAUCCUCAAAAAAAUUACGCUGUACAGAAUGUGCUGAGGACUAAUGAUUUUAUUGAAUCAUUUGCUGUGACUUAAGAUGCAAAUUAUAUUUUUUUAUCUAUUAAUGGAACAUUAACUAUCAUAGAUUACACAAGUAGAAGUAACUUUUAAAAGGUGUCUUAAGACUCAGUAUUAGUUUAAAAUAUGGAAAUAAUAUUAAAUAAUGCUGAGACUGUUUUAUUUUUACUCUAAUCUGAUGGAAAAGUAAGGGCUUUAAAUGUUUCCAAUAAAUCUAAUCCUACUUUUGCUGGAAGUGCUUUAUGGCAUUAAACUCAGAUUUUUAAUGGGCUCAUUUCUUAUGAUGAUAAGUGGCUUUUUUUGUGCUAAGGUUAGAAAGGUUUAGGAAUCUAUUAAAUAAAAUACAAUAAAGAUGGUACUAUUAGCUUAGACUUAGCUGGAGCAUUUCUUGGGAAUUAAUCUGGUUCAUAUGCAGUAGAAAUGACUACUGACUUAAAAUACAUUGUGAAUAUUGAUAACCAAAGAGGUGUCAGCAUUGGAGAUUUUACUUUAAUCUCUAAUUCUAAUGGUUAUUAUGUGGAAACUAACUAUACGAUUUAAAUAUGGUGGCCUUCAAACAUCACACUUCCUGCUCCAUAUUCACUUUGCCUUUCAAGCGAUAAUAACUUUUUGUUUAUGGGCGUUCUUGCUUAAGGCAUAUUUAUAGUUGAUAUCACUGAUAAAUCUAAUCCUCAACUUUACUAACAAAUUGUAGUACCUUAUCAAGGAGAAUCUGUAAAAUUAUCAGUUGAUGAAUCUCAUUUGUAUUAUGCAAAUGGCUAGAGCUUCUUAGCUUUUCCAAAAAUAACUCCAAACCUAAAUAAUUAAUACUUGAAUUUGUUUAAUAAGCAUCUAGCUCAUACAUUUUCUUGGUCAGAUACCUACCACUACUGGAGAUGCUAAAUAGAUGAUUCAAACAAUCUUUAUUAUGGGUCUUUUGAUGAUGAUGGAUUGUGGAUCUUAGAUAUUAAUAACCCUUAAGAUAUAAAAGUUUUGGUUCAAAGAUUUACGCUACCAAACUCUACAGCCAAUAUAGACAAUAUUAUAUUCUUGAAUGAUUAUCAAUAUAUACUAGUUCCUGUUUGUGAUGGAGAGAAUGUAUUGGCAGUUUAUGAAACUAAGGAAAUUUUAACUAACAAAUUAUAAGCUAAACCCCUUUAAAUGAUUUUUUAUCCUAAUGACUACUACGUAGUUGAUUCAGAUCUUAAUGAAUAACUUAAUUUAUUGGUUACGGCUGUGGGAAGCUCUGUGGUAUUUAUUGAUGUUACAACAAUAGGAAAGUUUUUUGUGAAAUCUGUAUGGUAGUUUGAAUAAGGCAUGAAAGGAACUUGCACUGGAAUUAUGUUUACUAAUGGAAAUCAAUAUGUAAUUGGGUCUAGUAGAGGGUAUGGAUACUUUAUUUUAGAUAUCUCUGACUUAAGAAACAUCAAAAAAGUUUAUUAUUUGAAUUCGUUUGGUGCUGAAAACUUAGAUUCAUCAAGUGUUUCAAAUGAUAUUGGGUAUUUUAUUGAUGGUCUUUAAGGAGUCAUAAUAGUGGAUUUUUCUAAAUUACCUUAAAUUAAUAUAAUAUCAUAAAUUUAACUUCCAGGAUGGAGCAAUGAUAUAACCUUUGUGAAUGAUGAGAAACUAAUGAUAGUAUCUACUCUAGAAAAAGGUAUGAUAUAUAUGAUAGAUAUCUCUGAUAUCCAAAAUCCUUUCUUAGUCUCUCAAUAUACUUAUCUAAAUCAAAAUGGAAUGUCUUCUUGUGCCUUAAAAGAUUUCUCUUAUUUAUUCAUUAACAAUAAUAUUGGAGUCAUUUCACUUCCUACCAUAGGAAAAGUGCAGAUGCAUGUUGAAGUAUAAGAGAUUAUAGGAUUUUCAAGUACGAUAAAUGAUUACGUUUAUAGAAAGAGAUAAAUUACAGAUUCAUUCCUAGUAGGAACUUCUAUUAAUAUAGACAUCUAGUUUUUAUAUCAGCCUUUAGAUUUAGUUGUUGACAGUGUUUUGUAUUAUAAAGAAAAUUCCCUUACUCCUCUGCCUGAUUGGAUUACUUAUGAUCCAGAUCAAUUUUGCUUAAAAAUACAUGUUGUUAAAGAAUCAAUAGAUUAAUCAAAUUUAGACAGCUCCCUUUUAAAUGUAUUUGUCUUGAAAACGCUCAAACCCCUCUAUGUGCAAGACUUUUACUUUAAAAAUUAAAAUUGCCUCACAGAUAAUUAUCAAAAUUGGUUGAUAUUUUACUUCAUUCGAUAAAAUGGUUAUAUUGAUGAUUAGAAUUUAGUAAAUCCUAAUUUAAAACUCUCUAUAUAAGAAGAGAUAUUCAUACCUAACGUAAGUUAAGAUGACUAAAAUUUUAACACGUGUAUCAGUGAUUAAGUUAAAUAAAUAUUACUGAAUUCUAUACAGUAUUCUCCAAUUUAUUUAUUUUUUAAAACAUCAUUAAUAUAUAACUAGAAUCCCCCAAAUAAAAUUGCAUAUAUUUAAACAGUGGCGACUUCAGUGUCUGUAAAUAUAAUAGUUUAAAAACUAAGUGGAAAAUUUAUUGCAAAAAAUCAAACAGGAGCAAAUAUCUCACUCAAUGAAGAAUAAAAUAAUAUUUUGAUUACUGGUACUGUGGAGAAUGUUAAUAAGUAUAUAUCUGGAUAAAUCGUUUUUUUUGUUUUAGAGGGUUAUACUUACAAUAGCAUUUAAGCAGAUCUUUUAAUAUCAGAUCAAAUCAACUAUGACCUAUCAUUAAAUUUUUAACUUUCUGAAAUUAAUUUUAUAAAAGAAAAAAGUCCAGUAAUAAAGAAUGAAUAGUAUUCGCUUUAGAGUUAAUUUAAUCAUUUUUAUUCAGAUGGCAGUUUACAGAUUCUUACUGAAUUUUCUUUUUCAAUCUUCUAGAAUACCUUUUUAUCACCAGAUGUUGGUUAAGUAACGUACACAGCUUAUAUUCACUAGGGUGAUGAAUUUGUUUUAUUAGACUCUUCUUAUUGGAUUUAGUUUGAUACACAAGGAAAUAAAUUCUACGGUCUACCACCCUAGAAAGCAUUUAGAAGUUCAAUAAAGAUUUAAGUUGUUGGUACAGAUGGUUAUUCAAGUUGUUCAGACACAUUUGAUAUAACAGUUGAUUAAUUGCCUCUUUUAUUUGUACUUAGAUUAAUUGUUUAAAUUGUUGGGCCUUUGAUAGGUGCUUUAGGUAUGUAUAAGUACAGAGAGAUUUUUUAUAAUUCGAUUUUUAAAACAAAAAAUCGCUAUUCUAAUGUAAAUGCUUUGAUUAAGCAAAAAUUUGUAUUAAAAGUGCCCUUGAUCUCUCAAGAUUUAAAAAAAGCAAAGCAUGUUAUAGCUGAUUUAAUUUAAAAUGUCAACAAAGAACAAGGCAGUAACGCUAAAAAGAUAGGUUUAAGAAGGUUAGUCAAAUUAGCUACUGUAUUGAAACAAUCAUAAGAAUAGGGAAAUAUAAAGAAUUUAUAAGACGUGCAGUAAGAAAUUGAUGAAGUGAUAGAUGACUUACAGGUAGAUUAAAAAAUUCGUAAAGAAUCUAAGAAUAUUUAAAAUGCAUAAAACAAUAAAUAAAAUGCUUAAUAAUCUAUAAGAAGAUAUUAAUUUCCUAACAACCUAAAUGCUGAUAUGAUUGAUAUAACAAAUUAAUUUAAAGAUAAAUUAGCUGCUAUAAAAACAAACACUCGUAAUACUAAAAUAGAAUAAAAAUAUUUAAAUAAAGAAGGACGAAUUAAUAUGAAAUUAGUCAUCGAAGAUAUUUUAAUCUAUAAUAAAAAGUAUCAAAAACCUGACAAAAAAAAAGAAUCAAAGCUCUUUAGAGAGGAAUUAUAUAAUAAAAAGUCAAAUCUUUAUAAAUGCAUAAAGCUAUUGCUAGCUCGCUAUUUUAUUGCUUUAGAUUUAAAAACAAAUCUGAUAGCAGAAUAUAUCAGAGAGUAUGGGAAAAAAAAUUGCUUUUUGUACACUCCUAAUGACUGGUAUAAGCAAUUUGUAAAAAUAGUUUAUGAUGAAAAUCUAGAUAUUCAUGGAAACGUAAUAUCUUGGCCUAAAAUACAAAUGAAUAACAAUCGAAUAGGCUCUGUUCUCAAGCAUCUUUUUCAUUUUAAUACUAAAUUUAUAAACUUAAAUUCCUUAACUUCAAAGGGGAUUAAUCCUUAUUUAUUAAAGUAAAUAUUGAUAGCUGAUGCUCUUGGAAUUGACUUAAAGAAAAGUUCACUCUUUCCUUCAUAUGGAGAAUGCCUUCAUUUAAAACCAGGAGAUUUAAGAUCAGUCGAGUCUUUUAAAUUUGCUCCUGGAGGAUGUUGCUUCUCUUUAAAAUCUUUAUUAAAUAAGGAAUACGAUCCUUAUGGACCUAAAGAAAAUCUUUAUUUCCCUAGCUGGCUUAAUCUAAGCAUCUAAAGAGGUGUUAUCAUUUUAUCAGGUACACCUUAAAAGUUAGACAUAGAAGAAAUACUCAUCAGGUUCUACGGACUUCAAGGUUAUAUAUAUCGUUCUUUCAUAAUAAGAGUCUAAAGCUUAGGUUCUAAUAAAUCCAAAAAUAGGUCUAAUACACCUAAAAAUUAAGAAAAUAAUAUAGAUACUUCUUUAGAAGAUGAUGAAGAUAGCAUUAUGCAAAUCUCUGAGGAUCAAUAUAAGAACCCAAAAAAAUUUGCUGAUGACUACAAUAUGAACUCAUGUUAAAGCUCACACUUUGAACAGGAAAAAAAAAUCAAAUUCUUAAAUGAAUCUUCUAAAUUUUCAAAAGAAUCUUAAGCUCACAAUGAAAAUAUUAGUUAAGCAGAGACUCCUUAGAUAAAUUAGCUCUAAAAUACCCCUAGAGAAUAAAGUGAUUUAUAAUAAAUUAGUUUAAACAUCUGAGUUUCAAAGUAUAAUUAAGUAGUAUGGUAAAAAUUAUCUUUAGAUUUAAAAAUUUUUAAAACAUAUUUAAAUUUUUGUAUUGAUUGCAUAAGGACAGAAAUACCAGAUAAAUCCUGAAAAAUAUAAAAUAGCCCAACUUUUAAUAUUAUAAUAUAAAACUAAAUAGUGAAGAUUUGAAUGUUUGUGCAAGUCAGUUUUAUUAAUAAAAUCAGAAAAAUUAAAAAUUAGAAUUAUUUUGUUUUAUUCAUAUUUAAUGCAAAAAUAUAUCAAAUGUGUGAUCAACAAUAAUAAUUUUUUUUUCUUCAAAUUUUUUUUCAAUUUAUUAAACUUUUUUAUGGUCGUCUAUAUUUUCUUAUGAUUUUCUCUCAAUUUAGUUAGGUUAUUAAGUUAUAAGUUCAAUAUUAUCUUUUACUUAAUACAUAUUGUAAAACUAAUCUAUUAGUUCAAAUGUACCUUAAUUUUAAUUAUUUAAAUCUACCUCUUUACUUUAAAUAUUGUUUUAAUACUGUUAAUAUUUAUUUUGCUCACUAUAAGAAUCUUUUAAUAAUUUAGCAAUAUCUUUAUUUAUAGAAUUGGAAAGAUUUUCUAAUAUUGGAUCAUUUUUAAAAUUAUUCACAGGUUCUUUACUCAAGCAUUACCUUAACAAAACAUUUAUCUGCUUCUUCACAUCAAAAUUUUGUUUUUACUUUAGUAAUUCUUUUAUACUAAUUCCCUAGUUUAGUUUUCCUUACAACAAAUUUUACGUUUUUUCUUAUUACUUUAAUUAUUUGCUUUGCAUUAUUUCUUUAUUGCUUAAAUCAUUUUAAAUAAUUUAUUUAUUAUUUUAAUAUGAUAUACUAGUUAAUUUCUAUUU